GGACAAUUAAUUUUUUUUUCCUCAUUUAAGAUAUCGAUCAAAUAACAUUAUCCAUUUUCUUUAAACGAAAUACCUUGAUAUUUUCCCGCGAGAGAGCGAAAAGAGAGGGGAUGGGAGGUUGCGUGUCUAGGCCGGAGAAUUGCGUCGGAGGUGGAAUAAAGUCGUCGAAGGUGAAGGUGAAGCUGAAGCUGAGAAGGCGGAGGAAAGCUCUGAAACGCCGUGUAUCGUCUCGCUUGUAUGAUCAAUCCAAGGCACCUCCCUCCGGCGACCCUCCAAAUUCCCACGGGAGCACUGAUGAUCUCUGGUGUGAUUCUGCUUCAAUUCUUGAAUCCGAUUGCAGUGAUGAAGAUUUCCAGAGUUUUUCCGAUGAUGGCUCAGAAGCUGUCUCCUUGCCACAUAUUGGUUCUCUGAGAGAUAGUGAGGCUCAUAGAAGUUCAGUUCAUCCUGAACAGAUGAUAUUUCAAUCAAAUAUAGAUGAAAAUACUGGAAGAGAGAAUGGUAUCCCAUCAAGCUCAAGGAAAAAAGCUGCAUUUAAGUUAUCCUUCAAACGAAAUGAUGAACAUACUAAUCCCACAAUCAUUCCUUCAAAGAUGCAUCAUAUAAUACAACGACCUAUAGCUGGUUCACAAGUACCCUUCUGCCCAAUAGACAAGAAUAUGAUUGAUUCUUGGUCAAUUAUUGAACCCCAAACUUUUAGAGUACGUGGCAAGGAUUAUCUCAGGGAUAGAAAGAAGGAACUUGCUUCUAAUUACGCUGCUUAUUACCCAUUUGGAGUUGAUGUGUUUUUAUCUCAGAGGAAAAUUGAUCACAUUGCUCAGUUUGUAAAACUCCCUGAUGUUGCUUCUUCUAUAGAUGUUCCAUCUAUUCUUGUUGUAAAUGUACAGAUUCCAUUGUAUCCUGCUGCUCUUUUUGGAGGUGAAAUUGAUGGAGAAGGAAUAAGUUUUGUGUUGUAUUUUAAACUUUCUGAUUGUUACUCAAAGGAAUUGUCUUCCCAAUUUCAAGAUAACAUGAGAAGGAUACUUGAUGAUGAAGUAGAAGAAGUGAAAGGUUUUCGUGUAGAUACAGUUGUAGCAUGUAGAGAAAGGAUAAAAAUAUUGGGACGUGUUGUAAAUAUAGAUGAUCUUCAGUUGAGUGCACCACAAAGGAAGCUUAUGCACGCUUACAAUGGAAAACCUGUUCUUUCACGUCCUCAACAUGACUUCUAUCAAGGAGAAAAUUAUUUGGAGAUCGAUUUGGAUAUGCAUAGAUUUAGUUACAUCUCUAGGAAAGGGUUUGGUGCAUUUCAGGAUCGACUCAAGGAUUGCAUCCUGGAUUUUGGCAUCACAAUUCAGGGUAAUAAAGCAGAGGAGUUACCAGAGGAAUUGUUGUGUUGUGUGAGGUUAAAUUGUAUUGAUUACAUGAAGUAUCACAUUCUGAGGUUAGAUCAGGUCUCAUCAUGAUGCAAUAAUCACAACUGUAUAUGAACAUUACAGAGAAUAUACACGUGGGAAUUGGAAUUCAAAAUUCAUUUAUUUAUUUAUUUAUUUUUGUCUUGAAAU